AUGAAGAACUUCAAUCUGGAAAGCAUGCGCCAUCUCACAGAAAUAGAAAACAUCUUUAUCGAGCUGAAAAAGAAUCGAGUAAGCCGAAAGACGCAAGAACAGAGGCAAAUUGAGUAUAGAGAUAGCACAGAGAUAGAAUUGCUUACACUGCGUAUUAAGGAGUUGGAGAAUGAGGUGUUGAGAUAUAAGAAACAUGUGAAAAAAAUGAGUAGGAUGGAGCAAGAGAGCGAAGUCGCGCGAAUAGUGAGCGAAAAAGAUGCGGUCAUAGAAGGACUUAAGAAAGAAUUGACCGAAAUGAAUAGAACAAUUGUUGAUUUGAAGGAUAAAGGCGAAAAAAUGCGGCAUGAAUACAACAGUAAGAUCGAAGAAUGUAGAAAAGAUCGCAGUACCCUGAUAAAUAACCAUAUGGAUGAGAUUACGAUGCUUCAGGCAGCACAUGAUGCGGCAAAAAAUGGGUUGCUGGGUGAAAUAGUAGUUUUGAAACAAGAGAGGAUGGCUGUUGAUGAUGAGAAAAAAGCGAUGGAGCAGACGAUACAAGAAUUAGAAAUAAAGGUUGAGGAGAAGAAAGCAUUACAAAAAAUGGUAUCAGAGUUUAAACAUGUCGAGAACAGGUACAGAUCAAAGAUACUCGAUCUACAGAACAGCAUACAGGUUUAUGUGCGACUUAAACCUAAAAAGAAUGCAUUCGAUGAGAUUACUGAUUGUGUUAAAUACACGAUGAGCGGUAACUCGCUAAUUUCAGAGUGUGAAAACAGGAAGAACGUGUUCGAAUUUGAUAGAAUACUAUUACCUGAUUGUGGGCAGGAGAACGUAUAUGACGAGAUAUGCAGUGUAGUUCAUGGUUUUUUGCAGGGAUACAAUGUCUGUAUCUUUGCUUAUGGCCAAACAGGGAGUGGAAAGACAUAUACCAUGCUUGGAGACGAUAAUUCACUCGGACUCAUUCCCAGGACGGUUAAUAGUGUGUAUGAUGAGCUGACUGGAAAGGAUUUUACGUUAAAGUUGCGAAUUACUGAAAUUUAUAACGAAAAGGUGAGGGAUUUAAUAAGCAACGAUAAUUUAACGAGCAACGGGCUGGAAACAACCAGUGUUUUAGUUCACAGCAAGGAGGAGAUAAUGGACUACAUCGAAAGAAGUACUAAAUAUAGGGUGACGGAGGCAACAGACUGCAACUCGUCCUCGAGCAGAAGUCAUUCCAUCUAUUCGUUGCAACUGAAAGUCAAGGGAAAAGGAGAAACCAUUGAAAGUACAUUAAAUUUUGUCGAUCUGGCCGGUUCUGAGCGAAUCAAGGAAUCUCAUGUAGAGGGCAGAAGGCUGAAGGAAACACAAAAUAUUAACAAGAGCCUCUUAAACCUAAAAAUAGUCUUCAAUUCAAUUAUAAACAAAGAUAAACACGUGCCAUACCGAGAUUCAAAGUUAACAUAUUUCCUUAAGGGCAGCCUCGAGAACAAAUCGAAGGUUCUCAUGCUGCUGAACAUAUCAAUUGACGAGAAGGACUACAACGAAACGCUGUGCUCGCUGAGAUUUGGUCAGGUAGUCAGCACUGUGUGUACUGGAAAAGGGGCCAAGCAACUUGUAAAGGAAAUAGAAUGAUGUUAUAAUAAACGCCUUUAUUAAAAUAUGCCUACCAGUAUUGAAGUUUGCAAUAAAGCAUUGUUUUUGAUGGUAUAGAAGUGCGGUAUGCACGUGCUAAUUAUCGAGCAUUGCAACAAAUGCGAUUUAUC